AUGCCGCCACCCGCACUCUUAGUUGCAAGUCUCGUAUUCAUCCCUGUCUCCAUCGGUAUUGCUCUUGCAUACAUUUUCUAUCGACGACUUCGCGCUCGCCGUAUCGAACGGCAAACGCAACAUGCCAGCUGGCACCGUCGAAAUGAUAUAGACAUAGAACUAUCGCCCAUAAAGACUAAGAGUACCAGCAAACAGGCAGUGACGCGCGGUGACUGGCCACGCAACCUACGAGAGGAACAGAUCGUCCCCAAAAGAUUCACCCCGCUUCGCACUUUCGCCACGUCCAAAUGGGGCACUGCAGACAGUAAGGCCUCACUUAAAUAUCCUGGCCCCGCUUGUACUUUCAUCAGAUAUGGCGGAACCGAUAAUGAUACCAUCGUGCGGAGCUGGAAAAAGACAACACUCGAUAGUGAAGAAGCAAGCAGCUUCCCCUAUCACGCUGGAGAUCGUGAGAGUAGUGAUCCUGCACGCGAAAUUUGGCGCAAGAUCGAGGCACGAGAGCGUCUAGAAGAUAGACGUACUGGUACUGACCAAAAGAAGAGCGAGCCAGUAGAGCAUGGUGUUGUCAAGACUGUGGUUGAGCACACGUUCCGUGGCUCGAAAGAAUGGCCCCUCAACAAUACCGCCGUACCGCCGCUCCAAGGGGACACAGAAGAAGGCUUCAGAGUCGAUAAGGUCGCGAAACAAUAUGCACUGGCUGCUGAAAGACAGCACCUGAAACAAGAAUCGCAUGAGUACAAGGCGCUUUAUUGA